AUGAGACAGCCGGAGCUCUGCACCAACCACAGAGCCCUGUGCAAGGAGGUGAGGGGACAGCUGGUCGCCACCGAAAGGCUGCGGGUUCCCAGACAGGUCUGGGAAAGGGCGAAGCCGAAGGAAUUGGACAACAAGCUGAAGGACCUCAACUGGAUGGCUGUGCACCAGAGGCUGGGCUCAGAGGCAGUGGAGGACUGUGUCCAGGGGGCGCUGUCCUCUCUGUACCCCCCCUUUGAAGCCACAGCUCCCCCUCUCCUGGGCCAAGUCUUCUCUGUGCUGGAGGGGACCUAUCGCCAUGACGCCCUGCGCUACCUGCUGGACUACUUUGUCCCUGCCAAGAACCUGCUGCACAGACUACAGCAGCAAGCGUGUUCUCAGUACGUGGGCUGCCUGUUCAUUCACCAGGGCUGGCCUCUGUGCCUGGGCGAGAGGGUGGUGGUCCAACUGUCCACCCUGGACUGGCGGCUCAUGGGACCCCGGGACUUCUACCUGCAGGUGGUGCCCUUCUCCACCCGCAGCCCCCGCCUGGCGCUCAAGUGCCUGUCCUCCGGGGGGUGCACCGUGCAGGAGGUGCUGAUCCCCGAGACCCAGCACGCCCACGUCUUCACCCCGGAGUGGCUGAACGGGAUCAACAAGGAGAGGGGCGGGGGCCGCAGGCUGGAGACCUGCCUGGUGACCACGGGGGAGGGUCUGGUCAAAGUCCCCUGGGAGGACAUCGUCUAUCCCAGGUUCGUGCCGGAGCCAGAAUGUCCACUGGGACAGGGCCCGGUUCCGAACCCGGCCCCUCCCCGGAGCCAAGGGAAGGAUGCCAACUCCGUUCCGGGCCGGGACUCUGACAACGAAGGAGAGUCCCAGCCUGCAUCCGGGGGAGUACCACCGGUGGCCAAGAAUGCUACAGACCAAGACAAGCACCUUGAAACACUCGGAGAAGAGGAGAUCCCAAGCCCCACCAGAGGAGAGGUGCCAAAGGAGGAGGAAGCAGGAGGGGACUACGUGGAGCUCCUGGAAUUUCAGGGAGGCACAGACGUAGGUGGGAGAGUGGGCUCGGACUCGAAGCGGAGGUAUUUGGAAAUGCAUGGCAUCUGCAAGACCAAAACUGUCCCGCUGUGUAAGAAGGGCAAGGGGGGUAAAGGGAGGAGAGCCAAGGCCUGGGUCCAUUGCAGAAACGAGAUGGCGGGUGGGAUGAAGAAGACCUCUUCCUCCUCCUCCUCCUCCUCCGUGGGUGGUCACUCUGGAAAGGGGGAUUCGGGGUCAUCCGGGGAGGAACUGUCACGACCUGCCCUCGAUAUGAUCAGUCUGGAGAGAGAAGAAAAACCUGAUCACUCUUCCCACCUGUCAGGCAAGAAGUGGCCCGUCGGAUCGUCUGGGAAGGGGGAGACUGAUCCGGGGAAGGAGGGAGACACGGGAGAUGGUAAUGGAUUGCUUGGAUCUCGGGAUUCCCCAGAUGGUCGGGCAAACAAGAACUGUGAGGAGUCGGGUGGUGAUGGAGAGGGAAUGCAAACCAAAGAGCAAUCAGCAACCCAGGGAACCAAUCACAGCACCGGGACGCCUGAGAAAGACCAAUCAGAGGAGACUAGUGGGUCAAGUCAGGUCUCAGAUUUAAUGACGGAAUCCCCACAGAAUAAGAGUGAAACAGAAGGUGACCAGUCUCUUCCAGGCAAAAGCUCUGCAGACUCACUGCCCACCUCAACUUCAAAAUCUGCUUCUCUCCCAGGACAGACUAAUAGUCAGUGUCACUCCAGUUCAGGCCCAGGACAAGAUAGCCAGGUGGCAGUGCAUUAUGGGGAGGCAGAGGAAAAAGCCAUCCCUCCUAGAAUAAAGACUGGAAAGGCAGUGGGUUCCAGAGCACACAGGAGGAAGAGGAGGGUGAAAGGUGGGAGAGGGAAGUCCAAGUCAUCAGGACAGUCAAGGAAAGCGGAUGUCAAGGAAAGCACCCCACUUUCUGAACCAAAGGCACCCUCCCCAACCCCCCAGCAGCCGGAGCUGAAAGCUCAGCCCACCGGCUCCACACAGGAACCUCCUUCCAACCCACCGCCCCCUACACCUGACAGCCAAUCAGAGCCAGUCCAGUCUCCCGGGGUCAAAGGUGAGGGGUCACAACUGUCAAAUGCCAGGAGAGACCAGACUGAAUAUGACCGGACCGCUUCAGACAGAGAUGCGGAGAGCAGUACCGCCAAGGAGCCAGAGAUCCCGCCCCCCCAAGGCGACAGCCAACCACGCGCAGCCUCGCCCGACCACAGCCAGGGGAAUGUGGAGCAAAACCGGCUUCCCGACCAAUCGGGUGGCUCCUCCUGCCAAGCCCCUCCCCUCCUGCGGGACCUCAACCCUGAGCUCCUCCAAUCAGGGAUGCUGAUUCUGCCAGGCACAGUGGACAGGAUGGGGCGAGCCCUGGUCGUCAUGGAAGCGCGGAGCCAGGGAUGGGGUUUCCGCGACGACGAGGUCGCCAGCGCCCUCGCGUGCUUCCACGGCCUCACCAGGUGUUAUUCCAUAUACAAACACUCCGUUGUUGUUUCUCUGUUUUCCGCUGUGCAGGCGGAAGACAGCUCUGCCCCGGUGAAGCCCACCCGCAGACGCAACCCCAGCUUCGACCUGCAGGCCCUGCUGGCCCCCCGGAGGAACUCCAGGGACCCUGGUGGGAGACCCGGGGGCGAGACCCAGCCAGCAUCAGACUCCCAGCUGGUCACUCAGGCGGUGGACUACUUCAAGCUCCGACAGCAAGUGGUGGGAUGCCUAGGCCCCACGGGGCCUCCCAGGGCCCCACUCUCCCUGCCCCUCUGCCUGCAGGCCCCUGUCCAGAGGCUCCAGGAGUACUGUGAGCUCCUGGAGGAGCUGAGCGCCCUGGGGGCCCCCCACACCCCCCCUGCAGGGCCCGCUGCCCUCGCCGUGCUCCGGCACGCUCUGAGGCACGGCUGGGACCUCCGCGCCAGCACCCUCAUCACUGGCUGCCCGGUAAGAUCGCCCAGAGCCACGUGGUCUCCAUCGUGGUCUCCAUCGUGGUCUCCAUCGUGGCCUUCAUCGUGGCCUUCAUCGAGGCGCAAUGGAAAACCAGCACAGGCAGUGGAGCUGGGGCUGACGCAGACGGUCGGGGACAGUGGCCUGCGGUUUGCGGUGUGGGUCAGACAGUGCCGGUCCAGGGACUCCCUCACUCUGCAGGCUCCGUCCCCAGACAGCCGGCUGGCCUGGACACGAGACAUUGCCCUGCUGCUGUGGGCGCAUGCCAUCCGUAAUGAUGGUCAGUCUCAAUUAGUGUCUGUCCUUCUCCGUGUUGGACUGUCUGCAACUCUCUCUCCUUCAGUGUGCUUGGUUUAAGCCUCUCUUGUGCUUCUGUUAAUUCCUGUUACA